UCUCUCUCUUUCUCUUUCUCGCUCUGAGCCUCUGACCGGGAAAAGAAAAAGAAAUCACUGCAGUUUCUUCUUCACACUCCGGAACCCUAUAUUCUCUCUCUGCAUUUCAAAUGGCCUUCGCCUCUUUUCUUGGCAGAGUACUCUUCGCCUCCGUCUUCAUACUCUCUGCUUAUCAACAAUUUAAUGAAUAUGGAGUUGAUGGGGGACCUGCAGCAAAAGCACUUAGACCAAAGAUUGAUACCUUUAUAUAUCGGGUGCAGUCUCAAGUUGGUAUUCAACUUCCAGAAAUUGAUGUGAAAUUUGUGGUUGCUGGGGCUAUUGCUCUCAAGGGCCUUGGAGGGCUUCUCUUCAUAUUUGGUAGCUCUUUCGGAGCUUUCCUUCUGCUCCUGCACCAGUUGGUUGCUACCCCUAUUCAGUAUGAUUUCUACAAUUAUGAAAGCGAGGACAAAGAAUUCACUCAACUUUUUGUCAAAUUCACUCAGAAUAUGGCUCUCUCCGGUGCUUUGUUGUUUUUUAUUGGGAUGAAAAACUCUAUGCCCAGAAGGCAACCCAAGAAGAAGGUUCCCAAAACAAAAACCUAUUAGUGGCCUCUAUUCGAAGAUUUGGUUUGCAGGAGUACUCGACUAGGGUUACUCCCUAGUUCCUCAUUAUACCCAUUCUUCGAAUUUCCCAUGAUUUUGCUUGAUGGUUGUAUGAUGUAGAACAACUCUUCCCGGGUUUUAGUAUUUAAGCCUGUAACUUUUUAAUGUAUUAUUUUUUUUCUUUUUUCAUUCGUUGAGAUUAGGAACUAUACUUCAAUUGCUAGAGAAGCAUGCCAUUGUCGUUCGGUAUUGCAACCUUGAUUUAUACUCCUCAAAGUCUGGGAUUUAAAGUUGCCAUUGAAUGAAACUAGAUUUCUUCACGACGCCACAUGGAUUUGUAUUCGCCGUUUUGACUUGUUUGAUUCUGUCGAGGCAGUCUAGCGUACUAAAGAGAGUAAUCAAAUACCGUGAUUUGUUCACUUGAUUUUGAUUGCAGUAUAUUCAUAAUGAGUAAUUCUAA